GACCAACGUAGAGCAACACCUAUCACGUAGACACACAUGAACGGCUGCAUGGCGAGCGCCUGCGCCACCUCCACCCCCCUCGUCCCGGCGGGGGCUCCGGCCGCCGCGCCGCCCCCUGCAUGCCCGUCCAAGAACACCACCACCAGCUGCCGCCGGCGCCGCGCCGUGUCGUGCAAGGCCGCGGCCGGCGGCGACGACGGCCGCCUCUGGCUCCCCCGCCGGGACGUGCUCUCCGCCCUGACCGGCGUCGCCGCCGGCCUCGCCGGGUACCAGGGCCUCGCGUCCGCCGCCGGGGAGGACAAGUGCCCCAGGGGCGACAAGGUCACCGACAAGCUGGUGCAGUGCACGGACCCGAACACGAACUUCCCGUGCCCGCCCCCGACGCCGAGGCCCGUCGUCGACUUCAGGCCGGAGAGCAGGGUGCGGCGCGUCCGCCGGCCCGUGCACCUCCUCGACCGGGAGUACCAGGAGAAGUACCGGGAGGCCAUCGCCAAAAUGCGGGCGCUGCCGGCGUCGCACCCGCUAAGCUUCGCGGCGCAGGCGGCGAUCCACCAGGCCUACUGCGACGGGCACUACCGGUACGACCCGGCGGCGAAGAACCGGCCCUUCGACGUGCACUUCUCGUGGAUCUUCGCGCCGUGGCACCGCAUGUACAUCUACUUCUACGAGCGCGCGCUCGGGCAGCUCAUCGGCGACGACACCUUCGCGCUGCCCUACUGGAACUGGGACGCGCCGGCGGGUAUGGUGGUGCCGCCGCUCUUCAGGGACUCCUUCGACAACCCGCUGGGCAACCGGUACCGCGAGCAGCGGCGCCUCGACAAGCUGGUCGACCUCGACCUCGGCUUCCUCGACCCAGGGGCCACGCUCAUCCCUUUCAACGGGCCACAUGACAAGAAAUACGAGGAAGCCGUCAACAAAAACCUCUGCACCGUCUACCAGCAGCAAAUUCGGGGCGGCAAGGGCGCGCGGUGUUUCCUCGGCGAGAGGUUCUGCAGCAACAUCGAGGACGCGGACGAAGGGUGCCAGGGCACGCUGGAGCGGAUGGCGCACACCGCCAUGCACGCCUGGGUCGGCCGGACGCCGCCGGAGGGCGCCCCAUGCAACGCCGACACCGGCGGCGUCAUGGGGCACGACGGCAACUACCACUGCGAAAACGACAUGGGUUUCCUCGGCUCGGCGGGGCAGGACCCGCUCUUCUACUCGCACCACGCCAACGUCGACCGCAUGUGGCACCUCUGGUCCACCAAGCUCGGCGGCGAGGGCUUCAAGGACCCGGAGUGGCUGGACGCCAGCUUCGUCUUCUACGACGACGUCGCGAACCCGCGGCCGGUGCGCAUCAAGUUCCGCGACGUGCUCGACACGCGCAACCUCGGUUACACGUACGACGCCGAGUCGGAGGCGGACCUGCCGUGGCUGAGGUGCAGGCUCACCUCGCUGGUGCCCCACGGCAAGGGCAGCGCCCCGCGGCCGGCGCCAAGGAAGGCGGGGCCGACGUUCCCGGUGACCUUGAGGAGGAGCCGGGUCGUGGAGGUGCCGGCGGUGCCAGUGCCGGCGAAGCAGCCGGGGCAGCAGCGGGUGCUGGUGAUCCGAGGCAUCGAGUACGACCCCAGCGCGCAGAACAAGUUCGACGUGGCCAUCAACGUGCCCGCGGACCAGGCCCUCAAGGUGGGGCCGGAGAACUACGAGUACGCCGGCAGCUUCGCCGUCGUGCCGAGCUCCAAGGCCGGUGGCGGCACGCUCCAGGGGAAGCUUGCUCUCCCCAUCGACGAGGUGCUGGCCGACAUCGAGGCCGACGGGGAUAGCGCCGUCGACGUCGUGAUCGUGCCGCGCACGGGAGGAGAGAUCAAGCUCAAGCUUUGCCCGACGAUCCAGAACCAGAACUUCUAGAUAGAGAGGUCAUUGCAAACACCGUACUACUGGUUAGCACCGGUGUCCUCGCAAAAAAAAAAAAAUUCAGAUGUAGUGCGUGCUUGUAGCAUUUCGUCGUGUUAGUUUUAAAUAAAGGGACCUGCUUCUAUCCUAUCGUUUGCAGUCG